GUCGCCGAAGGGAAUAUAGUCAGGAUUAUAGUGAGAACAGAUCUAUUAGGGAGUUUGUUGAUGUGUACGACAACAGUGAAUUGUUGCCAAGAUCAUUUUAUUUUUGAAUGAGUAUGGUAGCCGGCGACGUGCAAAACGGACUCAGCAUCAUACAAUUGACUGAUCAAUUCCUCGAAAAUGAUUUCGAAGGUAGGAAGGAGACGAGAAGUGCGCCACCUGCUGAGCUUGAAGAUGCACUUACGGCAACAGGUUUUGGAUUCUACAAUAUUCUCACCGUAUUGGCAGCAAUUCCGGUGGCCUGGGCGGGAGCUUUUGACAUGACAACGAUGACCUUCAUCCUUGCAUCGGCUGAAUGUGACUUGGAGUUGACAUUCAUUAGGAAGGGGGCACUCGUUUCCUCCGUCUAUCUCGGAAUGACGAUGAGUUCAUUUUUCUGGAGCUUCGUAACCGAUCGCCUUAGUCGUAAAGCUCUGAUGCUCAUGGGUCUCCUCAUCGAUGCCCUAUGCAACAUUUUGUGCUGCACCGUUGAGUCUUAUCACGUAAUGCUCCUUCUGAAAUUUAUCACCGGCACCAUAGUCAGUGGACCAUUCACGCUUUUAAUACCAUAUGUUAAUGAGUUCCAACCAGCUAAUUACCGCCAGAGCUUUACCACGUGGUCUGGACUCAUCUUCAACGUUGGAUUUAUUGCACCAGCAA